AUGGCCAAUCGCAUGUGCUCAUCGGCUAGCCCACCGUUAUCAAGUGGCCGGCCUACCUCUGGUGUUUUGGCCGAUGACUGUACCUUGGACACUGUCAGCAGUCAAGGCGCGCGCGUAUCAAAAUACUCUCGUGGAAGUGUUUCGCGAACUGAAAAGUCCCGCCGCAGGGAAAGCCCUCGGACAUUGAGGAGUCAUCGACUAUCCGCCUCUCAGCAUUUAGCCAACUAUGCGGAUGUGAGUGGGUUGGCGAAACCUAUCGUCACGAGUUUCUCCUUACCCAGAGACGCAGCUUGUUCAAAUCAUGAUGUGAAUUCACGGCCAGGGCUGCGGAGGUUUCAUUCAAAUCCCAAUGCACUUCCAAGACCUGUCGAUGAGAAGAUCGGGGGUGAUGAUAGCAUGCAGCUUGGGGAUCUGCCGCAAAGGCCGGUGACAGACCAACCGGCUCUUAAGGACUUGGCAUCAAAUACAGAGACGGAAUAUCAGGAAAUGUUUAGACAGCCUGAGACCAAUCCGAUUACCGAAGAGCAAUUGAUCAAUGAGGUUCGGGGCAUCUAUGCAGGACUAGUGAUGGUGGAAAAGAAGUGCAUUGAGAUCGACAAGCAGCAGACGGAGUCCAAGACGGAGCUAUCGAAAUCUCAGUGGCAGGCACUCAUUUCACUACAUCGAACAUUACUCUACGAGCACCACGACUUUUUUCUCGCUUCGCAACAUCCAUCGGCAAGUCCCGUGUUGAAACGACUUGCCGAUAAGUACGCCAUGCCCGCCAGAAUGUGGCGAUACGGAAUCCAUUCGUUUCUGGAGCUCCUGCGUCAGAAACUCCCAGAGUCGUUGGACUAUAUGCUUAACUUUAUUAACCUCGCCUACUCUAUGAUGACUCUUCUCCUGGAAAGCGUGUCUGCAUUCCGAGACACUUGGAUUGAAUGUCUCGGUGAUUUGGCACGAUACCGAAUGGCGGUGGAAGAGUCUGAUAUGAGAGACCGUGAAGUCUGGGCCGGCGUAUCGCGAUACUGGUACAAUCAAGACGCCGACCGAAACCCUGAUGUUGGCCGGAUCCAACACCAUCUAGCGGUGCUUGCUCGUCCGGACGUUUUACAGCAGCUCUUCUACUACACCAAGGCUCUGGUUAGUGUGCGCCCAUUCCACAACGCGCGCGAGAGCAUUAUUCUCCUCUUCAAUCCUUAUAAUGGCCAGCCACUUCACCAGCAUACAAUGGUGACUGCUUUUAUCGCUACACACAGUGUGCUAUUUACUCGAGGCCCGGCUGAGCAAUUUACUACCUUGGCAAAUCAUUUUCUAGCUCUUCUACGCAGAGAAAUUCGUCGGCUUGGUCGACAGGGACAGCAAGGUGUCUAUAUCAUGUCUUGUAGCUUUGCGGCAGUGCUUCAGUACGGCGAGCCGGAGGCAGUUAUGGCGAUGGAAUUCUCGAAGCAACGCGAAACUGAAACUAUUGCCGAGGCACACGCCUUUGCUUUAGAAUGGACUAGUGGUACCAACAGCACGGGAACGAAUAACGAACCCACGGCUGCGACUUUGCAGGUUUCGACUCAAAUGGCUUACCAAGGAAGCUCCCUCACCUUCCACACUCUGACCGUCCUUCUUGAUCAAAUGGGUGAUCCCAAUAUCUAUCCAAGUGUCCAUACGUCUUUGGCCUUUAUAUGGUGCUUAGCCCUUCACCCGCCCGCCAUGCAACAGCUUGAGCAAAUGAUUCCCUGGCUGGCAAUCACCCGGUUUCUCAACACUCUACUUCGCCCAGAUACCAUCAUCCCGAAGAUCGAAAAUGAUUCCUUCCCUCUACUCGACGAUGUCACAGUUCAGCAGCUGCCUGAGGACUUCCUCAUUCGUGGCCAAGCAUGGAGUCAGCUUUACUACCCCGAGAAGUUCUUUGAAGAUGCUCCAUCAGAAGACGAAAGACCAAUCAUCGAAGAGCCCUCCACGGUCAUCCCUAGAACACAUCGGUGCUUGUGGCUUGGGUUCAAUCGCUGGAUGAAAUACACUCCAUACCGAAGAUUUGAGGCGACUCCACUUGCAAUCGAGCUUGCCCCAACUGCAGCAACACUUGGAGGUCUCAACAGCCAAGCACCUUCGAUCACGACUCAAGCUUCUCAUGCAGACAUUGAGAUGGAUGGUGCCUGA